UAUCAAAAUACAAAGACGAAUUGAAAUAAAACGGAGAAAUUGAACAAAAACACACAUUUUGAAAAUAGUUUACACUGUAAUUGUCUGAUCAUGUGAUUGUCGCUAUUAACAGGAACAAAAUAAAUGAAGAUGACUUUAAAUCAAGAGAGCUGUGAUAACUUGUCUUCGGACGGGGAGCCAAAGCUAAAAUAUGAUAGAAUGGGUAAUGACGUUCAAAAUAUCUUAAUGACUGAUGCUGUGAGUUGUAUUUGUGUUCAUACUAAGUUUAUAUGCCUCGGCACCCAAUGGGGAGUCAUACACUUACUUGAUCAUGAAGGGAACACCGUGCCAUUUUCGCAAGACAACAACCAGAAGGACUUACAAGCGCACGCUAUUGCUGUUAACAAGAUAUCUGUAGAUGAGAAUGGGGACUACAUAGCGAGUUGUUCAGAUGAUGGCAAAGUGUUGGUUUACGGCUUAUAUUCUAAAGACAAUACACACAGUCUUACUUUGAGCAGAGUUGUGAAGUCGGUAGCUUUGGAUCCAUUCUACUACAAAUCUGGAACGGGAAGAAGAUUUCUUACAGGUGAUAACAAAUUAACUCUAUAUGAGAAGACAUUUUUGAAUCGUCUUCGCAGCACAGUUCUCUGCGAGUGUGAGAGCUAUGUGCAAGCGAUAGCCUGGCACGAUCGGUUUGUAGCAUGGGCGAGCGAAGUUGGUGUACGUGUCUAUGACCUUGUAGCAAGGUGUUCUCUAGGCCUUAUUCAAUGGGAAAAAAGUUUGAAUAGAUCCAUAGAAGAUUUUCGUUGUAACUUACUCUGGUCUGCCCCCAAAACCUUGAUGAUUGGGUGGGUAGACACCAUAAGGAUAUGUCUGAUUCGAAAACGAAGCUCUAUCGAGUUACAGACGAGAGAUGACACAGAAUAUUUAGUAGAUCCUGUUUACACAUUUCAAAGUAAAGAGUACUUUAUUAGUGGCCUUGGCCCUUUGGAUGAUCAACUUGUACUUCUUAGUGUUCCAAAGGAACCUGAUCCAGAAACAGGAAAAUCACAAAGACCCAUUCUAAUUGUAGCAGAUUAUAAAGACUGUGAAUUUAAUGAGUUUUCCGCUGAUACUUUAAACAUUCGAGGUUAUGAAGAAAACUCAUGCAAUGAUUAUUUUUUAGAUAUGUUAAUUGAAGAAAAUCGGUUUUUCAUUGUAUCACCUAAAGAAAUAAUAGUCGCCAGUCCAUAUGAUAUUGAUGAUAAAGUAAAUUGGCUCACAAAGAAAGGAGAGUUUGAAAGAGCUAUUGCUGUGUUGGAUGAAGUUGGUGGCAAAACUAGUCAGCAUUCUGUAGUUACUGUUGGCGUUGAUUACUUAGACCAUUUAUUAUCUAAUCAACAAUACGAUGCAGCAGCAAAAAUAUGCGCAAAAGUGUCUAAAAAUGAUAAAAUCUUAUGGGAGAAUCAAAUCCUUAAAUUUGAUGCAGUUAAGCAGUUGCGAGCUGUUAGCACUUACAUUCCUCGCAUUUCUGAACAAGUCUUAAGUCCACACAUUUAUGAAUUAAUUCUUAAUGAAUAUUUAAAGGAAGAUCCACAAGGAUUCCUUAAAUUAGUGAAGGAAUGGAAUCCAUCUCUGUACAGAACUGGUGUAAUUAUUAACUGGGUUCUUGAACAUUUAUUAACUACCAAAGUAGAUAAUAAUGUAUAUUUAGAAGCAUUGGCUUUGCUUUAUUGCUAUCAAAAGAAAUAUGAUAAGGCUCUCACCACCUAUUUGAGUUUACAACAUAUGGAUGUUUUUAAACUGAUCAAAGAGCAUGAUAUGCAUACAGUAAUAUAUGACAAAAUUCUUAAUUUAAUGCAACUAGACUGUGACAGAGCCAUAUCCAUUCUACUGGAGAAGUUUCCUGUUGAACAUAUUGACAAACAACAUGGAAAAACAAAGAUACCAGUUGAGGUGGUGGAGAAACAGCUGGAGAACAAUGAUCUAUACCUGUUCAAGUAUUUAGAUGCUUAUAGCAAAAUUGAACCAAAUGGCCGAUACCAUGGAAAGCUAAUUAAGUUAUAUGCAAAGUAUGCGCGGCCCAAGUUGUUGCCAUUCCUAAGAUGUAGCGAUAACUAUCCUAUUCAAGAAGCUCUAGAUGUAUGUCAAAGUAAUGAAUUUUAUCCAGAAAUGGUUUUUCUUUUAAGUCGCAUUGGUAAUACGAGAGAAGCGUUGCAGAUUAUAAUAGAGAAGUUAAAUGAUAUAAACCAAGCAAUCAACUUUUGCCAGGAACACAAUGAUAAGGAGCUGUGGACAGACCUCAUACAGCAGACUGUGGACAAACCUGAGUGUGUCACAUUGCUACUGAAGAGGAUAGGGAACUACGUAGAUCCGCGCAUGUUGAUUCAGCACAUACAACCUGCCUGUGAGAUCAAGGAUCUUAAAGAGUGUCUGGCAAAAAUGAUGUGUGACUACCAUCUCCAAAUGUCAGUACAAGAAGCAUGUAAAGUUAUUACCCUCAGAAACUAUUUCGAUUUACAUGAAAAAUUGAUAGCUGGUCAACAGAGAGGAAUAUCGGUGACAGAUGACUUCUUGUGCCAUGUCUGUCAAGGCAGAAUCAUAGUCCGGGACUUGUCCAAUGCCUCAAACCUCAUAGUUUACAACUGUCGGCAUUCAUUCCACAUAGAUUGUCUACCCAAUGGUAUAUUGUGUAAUAAUUGUUAUGUAUGCAGUGCAGUUAAGAUGUGACAUGUUUUCUGCUCAAUGUUUAUUAAAAUAGGACUAUAUAUUAAAUUAACCAAUAUUUUCCCAAGUAAACCUAAAUACUGAUUAAUAUAAAAUGUAAUUUUAUGUUACGCUGAUAAUUAGUUUAUUUAUAUGACACUAUCAGUAAUUGUGGUGUUUGGUAAUGAGGUGGCUUGUGUUAUUUUCCUGGUAUUAGUCCAAACCUCAUAAUAUUAAAUCAUUAACAAGU